CUCUCUCUCCCGCCUCCUACUCAUUCCUGAGAGUGGCAGCGCUGGCACAGCAUCGUUCAGAAAACCCUGAUCUGGAAACGAGCUGCUGUGGCUGCCUGCGCGCACCUCUUUCCUCAGAUUCCCCGGGGUCGUCAUAGCCGGUGAACCAAAAAACACCCUUAACAGUGGAUAUAUGCGACAGGAGAUCUGCGCUCAGACCUUGAGAAGAUACAGCUAUUUGAGCAAAGAAUAAUAAAGCUCCUGUCCUGUCCACAUCGACCCUACGCUGGGAGUGGGAAGACACGGGACCUCUGCGCCUUGAAGAGUCGCUCCUGUGCCGUGCAGCAGUACGCGGAGAGCAGCCACAGACCCAGCAGACGCACUGAAAAGGCAGGAGGAUAUUUUACGCACAGCAGCACUCAGUAGCUCUGCCUGACACGCGGCCACUUACUGGGAGUCUCCUGCUCCGUUUAGGACUCAGCACAGUCGGAUUUGCACUUGACUAAGUCCACAUACAGCAGUCGGCUGGGAUGGAUUCCUUCAUCAUAGCGGCUCUGGCAGUGUGCUCUCUAACGGCAUCAGCCUAUGGGGACAAAGGGAUCAGCAAAGCCCGGAGUUGUUCGGAUAUCCGGCUGUUUUAUAGCGGGAAAGGAUUCUCUCUGGAUGGUGUCCCUCAGUCUGAAAUAUCAGGGGAGCACCUGCGCAUCUGUCCCCAGGGUUACACCUGCUGUACCAGCGACAUGGAGGAUAACCUGGCUAUGCUGAGCCGCAGGGAGAUGGAGGGACAACUCAAAGAUGCUGGCCGGGCCUUACAGACCUCCCUCACUGGACAGUACAAAGUUUUUGAUGGUUAUUUCCUGGAGUUGCUGAACCGCUCGGCGAUUAGUCUACAGGACACUUUCUCUUCAACUUGGGGCUCCCUAUACUCCCAGAAUUCCCAGGUCUUCACUGACCUCUACACAGAUUUGAGGCACUAUUACCGAGGCUCCAACGUCAACCUGGAAGAGGUGCUCAACGAAUUCUGGGCCAGGCUGCUGGAGAAGCUCUUCUACCAGGCAAACAAGCAAUAUUUCAUAGGUGAGGACUACUUGGAGUGUGUGUCUAAGCAGAUAGAGACGCUACGGCCCUUUGGAGACACACCCCGUCAGAUCAAGGUUACGGUCACGCGCAAGUUUGUGGCCGCACGUUCGUUUGUUCAGGGACUGGUGGUCAGUGGGGAUGUGGUCCGCAAGGUGUCACAGGUGCAGCUAAGCCAGGAGUGCACGCGGGCCAUGAUGAGGAUGACUUACUGUCCCCACUGCCGCGGGAUGGCCUCCGCCAGACCUUGUGCCAACUACUGCAGUAAUGUCAUGAAGGGAUGUCUGGCCAACCAGGCUGACCUCAACACAGAGUGGAGGCAUCUGGCAGAAACAAUGGUGCAGGUGGCUGAUCGCUUUGAUAGCCCAUCCGGUGUGGAUAGCGUGCUCUUGUCUCUUCCAAAUCGCAUAUCAGAAGCCAUGCUUACCAUGGUGGAGAAUAUAGAGAGCAUCAACAGCAAGUUAUUCCAGGCAUGUGGCAGCCUCAGAGAGGGAGGGACCGGCAGCACAGGAGUUGAUGACUUCACGAAGAGAGGGAAGGUUAUAGUUGACGACAAGUUGGGAUCCAGCUCAAACAAAAUGGACAAACUGGUGUCUGAUGUAAUCAUGAGACUGAGGGAGAUGAAGCCAUACUGGGUCUCUCUCCCGGAUGUUCUGUGCAGUGACCGAGUGGCUACCGGAACAGGAGCCGAGGAGAAGUGUUGGAAUGGCAUGAGCCGAGCCAGGUACCUUCCAGAGGUGAUGGGAGAUGGUCUCGCCAGUCAGAUCAACAACCCUGAAGUGGAAAUCGACAUCACCAAGCCAGACAUGACAAUACGCCAACAGAUAAUGCAGCUGAAGAUCAUGACGCACCGUCUGAAGAAUGCUCUCAAUGGGCAGGAUGUGGACUUUCAAGACACCAGUGAUGAUGUUAGUGGUUCAGGAAGUGGCAUGUGCUCUGACGAUAUGUGUUCCCGCCGCGCACACCCUGUUGUCCCUGUCACCCAUCGACCUGUAGUCUACCAGCACCCUCCAGAAAACAAGAAGGUGAAAGCCUCUGCCAACCAGAACCUGUCCUGCAUCACCAUUUACCUGCUUUCACUGCUCAUUUUGCUGCCCUGGCGAUAAUUGAUGGGGGGAAUCCACCAACUGGGACAGAGUUUGGGACACAGGAGUUGGGGAGAGUGUGAAAGGGGGAGGAAGGAGAAGCUGGGGGUUAGUUACUUUGCCAAAACUAAAUAAGAAGAUGGAAACAAUAACAACGAAAAAGUUAAAAAAAAUCACUUGGAUGGACUUCCUUUUGGCUUUGGAUUAGAACAAAAUGGAAUUGCGAGUAUUCAUAAAUGUUUCAGUUCUGCUCUUUUAUUGUUUGCUUUACUAUGACACCAUUAGAGCUGGUCUUUUCACAUCUUCUAAUGUUUUGUUUCUGGUGUUUGGGUUCUUUGAGAUAUAUCUGUACCUAAGACAUGUGUAAGACUAUAUUGUUAACAGUGUGUUGGUGUUGACACCAUGGGGAGAGGGAGAAACAGGCGCUCAGAUACAUAUAUUUGAUAUUCCAUGCCAUUAAAAAAAGCACUUGUGUUCAGUAGAAUUAUUUAUUUAUUAAUUAACUCAAACACUAGACCCUACAGUGGUUAAACUACUCUCUGGUAUUUAAAGAAAUAUUACAGAAAACACAAAAUUAAAUAAAAUAAAAUAUUGAUGACUUCUAAAGGAGGAUAAUCUGGACAGCACAGCCCACCAGGACUCAAAAUACAUUAAGCCUGAUGGUACUGUUACACAUACACACCGUGAGGAUGAGAGCACUGCGCGUCAGCACUUUUCGCCAUUUCAUCAUGUAAGCGGUAAUAAUAACCAUGAUCACAUUCACACUGACAUGAUCAUAUAAUGUGGGAGUAACAUGACCCGUCCGCCACUCCAUCCAACCACUCAUCCCUACAUUCCCCCCUGCAACCCCUCCGCCCCUCCCCUGCUGAGGCAGAUCUCCCUCUCUCUUUCCCAAACCCGCUGGCUGUGUAGGCUCAACUUGAGAGACUGGUGUAAGCAGAACACAUGCUAGGCUGGGCCAAGUCUCAGAUGACAGCAGCUUCCCACUAUAGAGUUCUGUAAGUGGAAUGGGGGUGUCGGUUUAAGAUCGCCCUCACAGCGAAGGACUGACAGUUCAUGACAUUGGAAACGUGUAGCAGAACAGAAAUGUACACAGAAACAUUGCUCUCAUGUAGCACUUUUUUUCAGUAUUCUUUUUUAUGUGAGCAGCAAAUCAAAAGUAUAACAUGCAUAAUUUUGUGUGCUCCCUGCAAAGGCCCGGUGCUCCUGUGAUUAGCAUCGUAAUUGCAACUAGCAAUGUCUCGCAAUAAUGAUCCAUAUCACAGUAAUAUCCACACCAUGCACGUUGUUAUUUCUGUGGCAGAUACAACAGUGUACAUAUUUUUGAUUGCUUUUUCAAAAUAGCGAGUUAGGUAUCAAAAUUUUAUUUCGGCCAGAUCACUGUAUGCUAACUCUUACUUCAUUCAUCAUCUCUGUCCAUAUCUGCCUUCCAUUUUUCUGCAACUUUUCUAUAUCAGUGCCUCUUUCUUCCCACACCCUUCUCCCGACUCAUCAGUUAUAAUGACCUUUAAAAUGUUCCUCAUGCUUCUACAUGAUGGCGAGGCAAUAUGACAAUGACACAGUGCUUCAUUAUGUGUCAACCUUACUGGGAAUGUUGUGGCAACACAGCGUACGGCUCUUUCCUGAUGAGAAGCUUGCUGGGGAGGAAACACAUACCACAUUUAAAUUCAAAGAAAUGUCAAACCUCUCAUUUAAGAACGCUGUGUGCAGGAUGAUGGGACAGUGCUUGCAUGGUGUGUAUACAGUAUGAAUGAGUGCGAAUGUGUGUCCUUGUCUUUAAUCAAUAGAGCAAAUGAGGGAUGGACGAUAGAGCCUUUAUAAAUCUUUCGAUGGCACAGAAAUGAAAUGAACUGAAAUGUAUUGGAAUAACAGUGUACGACCAACUUCAACUGCUCUUCAACUGACAGCAAUGGUAGAUUAAUAUAACUCAUUUUUCAAAAAAAGAAACCUACUACUGUAAUAACCUACAAUCUUUAUUCAUGAUGUCUUUGCUUGUCAGUGUUGUAUAUGACAGAUAAAUUUAUUGUGCAGGAUGGAAAUGUACAGUUGCACACUGGGACAAUCCACUAUAAUUCAUCUCGUGACAGUCGAUAAUACUGCAGUUCCAAUUAAGUAGUAUGGGGCUCUGAGAGGCGCAUCUGUCAGAUGUUCAGUUAAUUACUGCUCUCAAAAAUGCGUGAGGUUGUUCUUGUAUGUGUUACCUGACAGUUUAUUUUGAUAGUAUUUUUUAAUUUUCUUUGACAUGCUUGAUUAAUGAAUGCUAUGUGUGCCGUUUGUGUGUUUGCGUAAGUGUGUCUGUCUGUCUGUCUGUCUGUCCCUGGCUAAGAAAUCUGCCUGUGAUUGCCUUUGACACUUUGUCAAAUGUUGGCGUCAAUUUUGAGAUUUAAAAAGAGAGAUAAUGAUAUUAGAUGGUCUAGAGCCCCACAUGGGACCUCUUUUCGUGGCCCUCACGAGAAAUCUGAAUGUGAGUGUGAAAGAAAACAUUAAGCCCUAGAAAGAAUGAGAAAUGACUCCAACUGUGAUGGCAACAUUCCAAUUCAAAGACGACUUUAAACUCAUAACUUCACUUUCAAUGACGGCCUCACAAUGUCAUUGGCUGAAAUUUGCACAACCCUUCCCCCCUCUCCCUCUUCAUCUUUUGAUCUCAUUAAUUUGUUGCUCAAAGUCCCCCUCCCUUUUAUAAAACCUGCACUUUUAUGAGGCCGAUAAAUGGCAUUGUCUGCACAAAGACAUCACAAGAUGGUCGAUCAAUACGCAAGUCAACACCUUCCAGAAACGACUAUUGAUUGGGGAUGUGUGUAUGCAGAUGGUUAUGGCCCAGCAAAACGUCUCCUGUUCAACUGUGGUAAGACAGUGUAAACACAAAGCCCCUGUGUGUGUGAAGAGGCAGGAGAAAAGGUUUGUCCAGCUCGCUGAUCUUGAAUCAGUUUGUGCGCCUCCAUCCUGCUCUCAUUCAUUAGGGAGCAAAAAUGAAAAACUGAUACUCCCACCGUUUAAAGACAGCUUUAUUCUACACUGAGUUGAAUAUGAGAGGAAAUUCUUAAAGGUGCCAAUUUAAGAGGAAAAAAAAGUACUUUUAAUUUACUUGUUUUUAUUUCCUUUGAUUUUGUUGUUGUCAGAAAUCUAUGGAGAGUUUGUGCUUAUGGUGAAGAUAGAUGCCAGAAAGAGGUUAAAAAUACGAGUCUCAUUUGCUGUUGUAUCUGAAAUCUUGUGUCAAUUAUAUACAUUGUAAGAUUUUCAACA